CUUGGUUGCGUCAGGUGCGGGCAGUAUACAUACACCGAGUCUCCCAUUUGCAAGGUGUCCUUUGUACGGAUUUGACAUCAGAAAAGGUUACAGAAAAGUAGCACCUAAAAAUAAUCAAGUAGUUUGGCUGCAAUAUAUUGAAAUGAAUAAUUCAUUGGUUAUAAGAAAGCAGUACAUGAGGAUACUCUCAAAAGUGACAAGAUACUGUUCACAAUAUGCCUUUGUUCCAAAACACCGCCCAUGUGAAAAUUGGGCUGUGGAUCAAAUGCAAGAGUUUCUUGACAAUCACAGAAAGAUAUUUGUGCUAACAGGAGCAGGUAUAUCAACAGAGAGUGGUAUUCCAGAUUAUCGUUCAGAAGGUGUGGGUCUUUAUGCUACAAGUAGUAAACGUCCAGUGCAGUUUAAGACUUUCAUGGACUCAGCAAAAGCUAGACAAAGCUAUUGGGCAAGAAAUUACAUAGGAUGGCCAAGGUUCUCCACUUUCCAGCCAAAUAUUACUCAUCUGACUCUUGCUGAGUGGGAGAAAAAAGGGAAAAUUCAGUGUGUUGUAACCCAGAAUGUUGAUCGCUUGCACCACAAAGCUGGGAGUACAAAUGUUCAUGAAUUACAUGGGACAGCCUUUAAUGUUAUAUGUAUGUCGUGCUCAAAGAUGGUAGACCGACAUAGCUUCCAAACCAGGCUACGGAUCUUAAACCCCCACAUGUCCUCCCACUCAUCUGAAAUACGGCCAGAUGGUGAUGUAGAGCUUACAGAGGAGGAAGUUAAUCAAUUUCAAAUACCACCAUGCAAACACUGUGGUGGCAUCAUGAAGCCAUAUAUUGUUUUUUUUGGAGAUAAUGUUCCAAAGGAUCGUGUUGAGAGAGUGAAACAAGAACUCAGUGAAAGUGAUGGCCUGCUAGUAUUGGGCUCCUCAUUAUAUGUUUAUUCAGGGUAUAGGUUUAUUCUUCAAGCUGUAGAUAUGGGCAUACCACUUUGUGCCGUGAAUAUUGGCACUACCCGUGCUGACAAACACUUGGAUUUUAGAAUAAGUGCUCGUUGUGGAGAGGUGCUUCCACAGAUUGUUGUUCAUUAGCAAGAAUUUUAGAUUUUGACAGUUUUAAAUAAUUUGUUAUACAUUUUAAUGCGUUAAAAUUUUUAUGUAUAUUAAAUUUAUUUGUACAGAUACUCUCUCAGACAAAAUGUAUAUUUUUUAUUGCUGUAUCAAACAGGUGUAUGACUAUUUUUUGAAAGAUUUUGUAAAUAUUGUUAUAAACAGGCUACAAAGUAAAGAAAAGAAUUUUUAUGAGAGAAAUUGAAUUUCUAUCUAUCUUGUGCAUCUUGAAACAAAGCUCUACAGGCACUAUUCAUUAGCUUCAAGAUACAGUCAUAUGUUCCAUGCAUCUAUGGCUACAUGCCAGUACUAUAUCAAAGGCAUUUGAUUCCCCAAGCAAAGCCUGAUAUUGGUGCUCCAUUUAUCCUUCCAAGGUUGCCAUCCUUACUUUUCAUUGGUACCCUCUUUGAACCAUUUUGAUAGUGCCCCUUCAGCAUAUCUCAGAUAUUAGAUUGUAGGAUGCGUAGACCCCAAAGCUGGUUAGAUGUAACAUCAUAAGGCAAGAACAAUAUAGAUUUGAUGCUUAUAUUGCUGACACAGACACAAGUACAUGAUACACAUCACAAGCACACUUUCAUAUGUACAUACACAUGCAAAACAUACAUCAACUCAUGCUCACAUAAAUGUUCAUCUAUUUGUAGGUGUAUUAUUUAAUGUGGACAAUAACUUUUAUCAUGUUCAGAAUUUAUUAUGAGUGUU